AUAUUGUUUCUCUGUUGUAUCUAGCAACCGGUGACACUCAAUAUUUUCCCUGUUCUUAUUGGAAGGGGGCCCUGGGUGUUGCUCAGUUGCUGAAUUACCCGAGAGUGGGUAGAGUGUGGAUUCUCGGAAGGACCUACAGGGGCCUGUCAGUUGGUUAAAAGAAUCCGGAAAGAAAGGGAUUUUAGGAAGACUGAUGAUGCUCCUGUUACCUCUCAUACCUCUCAUCAUCGUAUUGAUGGUGAAUCACAGCGAUGCUCGGACUCACUCUCUGAGAUAUUUUCGCCUCGGUGUUUCGGACCCUGGCCCUGGGAUCCCUGAAUUCAUUUCAGUUGGUUACAUGGACUCUCACCCUAUCACCACAUAUGACAGUGUCACUCGGCGGAAAGAGAGCCGGGCCCCAUGGAUGGUGGAGAACCUUCCUCCUGAUCACUGGGAGAGGCACACCCAACUGCUGAGGGGCUGGCAGCAGAUGUUCCUGACGGAGCUGAAGAACCUGCAGAGUCACUACAAUCACUCAGGUGGGUUUCACACUUUCCAGAGAAUGAUUGGCUGUGAGUUGCUGGAGGAUGGCAGCACCACAGGAUUUCUUCAAUAUGCGUAUGAUGGACAGGAUUUCAUCAUCUUCCAAAAAGACACUCUCUCCUGGAUAGCCGUAGAUAGUGUGGCUCAAAUCACCAAGCGGGCAUGGGAGGCCAACCGGCAUGAGUUACAAUAUCAAAAAAAUUGGCUGGAAACAGAAUGUAUUGCCUGGUUAAAGAGAUACCUGGAGUAUGGGAAAGAUACCCUACAAAGGACAGAGCCUCCACUGGUCAGAGUAAAUCGCCAAGAAACUUCUCCAGGGAUUACAACUCUCUUCUGCAGAGCUCAUGGUUUUUACCCCCCAGAGAUUUCCAUGAUCUGGAUGAGAGAUGGGGAAGAAAUUAUCCAAGAAAUUGAUUAUGGAGACAUUCUUCCCAGUGGGGAUGGAACCUAUCAGACAUGGAUAUCAGUUGAGAUGGAUUCUCAGAGCAGCAAUAUUUACUCCUGUCACGUGCAGCAUUGUGACCGCCACAUGGUUCUUCAGGUCCCGGAAGAAUCGGAAACUAUCCUUCUGGUGAUGAAAGCCAUCUCUGGGUCCAUUGUCCUUGCCAUCAUCCUGGCUGGAAUUGGCAUCCUAGCCUGGAGAAGAAGGCCCCGAGAUGCUGAAGCAAAAAACAACAACAACAACAACAACAACAAUGCUACACCUCUUUCGAGCAUUAUAGACUAGCAAGAUGGAAUCUUCUACCUUCCUACACCGAAUCAAUGAUUGCAGAUACCUCCUGUUAUGGAUUCAGUUGUGGCCCCCCCAAAAUGUGUGUCAUCUUGGCUAGUACAUGAUUCCCAGUAUUGUGAUUGUCUACCAUUUUGUCAUCUGAUGUGACUGUCCUAUGUAUUGUAAGUCCUACCUCAAUUACGUUAAUGAGGCAGGACUCAAUCUACAAGACUAGGUUGUGUCUAAAGUCAGUCUCUUUUGAGAUACAAAAGAGAGAAGUGAGCAGAAGAGACAUGGGAGACCUCAUACCACCAA